AUGGGCCUCUGGCCUCUCCCCUGUCUCCACAGUCUCAUCGGUUUCCCCUCUUGUUCUGCUGCUGCUCCUGCUGCUGCUGCUGCUGCUGCUGCUCCUGCUGCUGCUGCUCCUGCUGCUGCUGAUCCAGACGCUGCUGCAGCGUCUGCUGCUGCUGUCCACCCGCUGCAGCAAGCGGCAGCAGAGAACACGGAGACAGCAGUAGCAGACAAAGACCUAGCAGCAGCAGCAGCAGGAGCAGCAGCAGCAGCAGCAGGAUCGCCCCCAGCAGCAUCUACAGCAGCAACAGGGGCUGCAGCAGCAGAAGCUAGGGAAACAACUAAACACAAAGGAGCAGCAGCAGCAGCAGCAAGAGUUGCUGCUGCAGAGCCGCCUUGUCACGCCGACGCAGACGCAGCCGGCGAGGAUAUGAGCAGCAGCAGCAGCAGCAGCAGCAACAGCAACAGCAGCAGCAGCAGCAACAGCAGCAGCAGCAACUCGUGCUGCUGCAGCAACAGCAGCAAAUGCUGCUGCAUGCACUGUGCUAUAAACUAUACGUCGCUGCAGCAGCUGCUGCGGCUGCCAGUGAAGGUGCAGCAGCAGCAGCAGCAGCAGCAGAGACAGCAGCAACAGGAGAUGGAUGGAGACUGUUUGGGGUCGCUCUGA